AACUGCUCGUACACUAAAAAAAUCACCACGUACACUGAUAGAUUGGGCGAAACAGUCCUCACCAUGCAUUGCUGAACGGCUAAACCCAUCGGUGCCUCGGUGAUCAAUUGCUGCAUCUUACUCCUCCGUUUACAACCCACAUCCACUGUCUACAUUUCUGAAUCAAACUCAUUUAUUAAAGAAAUUAGGAACAUCCCUUGCAUCAUUAAUCAGACCAGCAGAAUGUCUUGGGCUGACCUGCCUGUUGAUAUACUCUUCAUCAUCUUUGGAUUCGUCCAUAAUAGAAAAAACUUUAACAUGAUUGAUCUUUAUCAGUGUCUUGCUGUUUGCCAUUCAUGGCGAUCUGUUGCUAAACAAAUAUGGCGGAAUCACAUCUUGCCUACAACUCCGUGGUUAGUGUCUACUAUAGAUGCAUCCACGAAGAUAAAUUUAAAAACAGAUUUAUACAAUUUUUAUAAACACCCUCCUAGCCUUGAUAUUAAUAAAAGUGAUGCUAGCUUUUCCUUUACCCUUGAUCUCUUUCAUUUGAGAACUUUUGCUUCAUGUGAUGGGUGGUUACUUCUAGGCAAUUAUGAUAACCUACCAUUUCUUUAUAAUCCUAUCACAUUAGUUCUUCUCCAACUUCCCGUUCUACCACAAAUUCACAUGCUUUACCAUAUGAAAUUUGUGUCAUCUGGAGCUUCACCGACUGAUCAUGAAUGCAUGAUUUGUCUCAAGUUUUCUAAUAAACGAGGACAUUGGGGUGGCUACGAUGAUUACAAUAAUUACCUAGCUUUUUGUCGACCAGCCUCAUCAACAUCAUGGGUCAUCUUGCAUGAAAAGUCAGAAGACUAUACUUUUAGUGGUGGAAAGUUUUACACCAUUAGUAACAGUGGAGAGCUCUUUCUUUACAACAGUGAAAUCCUUAAUGGCAACACCAGUGUUGGGAUAGGUCAUCCAUGGAAGGAGAUAAAGAUAGCGGGCCCAGUGUUUAAUGGUAAUUUGCUUUUGGGGUUUAAUGACCGCUGCUUUUUUUAUCUCUUGGAAUCAAAACAUAAAGUGUUAUUGAUGGUCAUGAGGUUAGUUGAAGAUAAUAAAGUCAGCAGAUCUUUUCGUAUUUUCAAGCUGAAUAGUAGUGACAAUAAUUAUGACAUCAGAAGAAGCAACUACUACCCCUACUACUGGAAAGAAAUAAGCAACCUUCCUGAAAAAGAAUCCAUAAUUUUGCUAUGGAAUGAAGGUAUGAGUAUAUCAGUUGAUGAUCACAAUGGAUACAAGUCCAACUGCAUAUAUUUCUAUGACGAGGACGGCGUAGGUCAGCUUACAACUUAUGGUAUCUAUGAAGUGGGAACUCGUAAAAUCAAAUCCAAAUCUGCUAAUCACUACUCUGGAGAUGCAGGUUGCUACAAUUUUCAUUUAUUUACCCCUUCUAAAAUUUCUAAUUUUUAAUAUUUAUGUAACUUCUGAUGAUAUUUAUAGGACUUGAAUAUUCUCCAACAAUACAUUUGGCUUUGUUGUCACUAAGAACUAUUUGUCUCUCUUGUCUUUGUUAAUGCUAGCAUGUGGUUAAAGAUUAA